AUGGGCACGUAUCUAAAGAGAAUCAAUUCGCCAAGAUACACUAAUGAAAAUACCAUCAAUAAAAAUAAAGCAGAUGAUACCGCACACAAGUACCAUGAUAUUUUACGAAGAAUGAGGAAUACCAAAUCUACCUUCAUGACUUUUUCUGAUCAUUUUCCAGCAUAUGAUCCGCUACAAAACAAGAAUGAAAUAAAAUAUUUCAUCUCGUUCACCGAAGUCGGAACAAUUAUCAGGAAUUUGAAAAAUAAAAUUUUUUAUUGUCUUGACAAAAUCCCAUCAAUAGUCAUCAAAAAUUUACCACUAUCAAUAAUUACCGAGUACAGAAUUAUUUUCGACAACGCCAUAAAUCACGUAUACUAUCCAAAUAGAUGGAAACAAGCAAAAGUCCUACCGAUUUUAAAAAAAGGGAAAAAUCCAGAAAAACCACAAAGUUACAGACCUAUUAUGAACACAAGUAAAAUAUUCGAAAAAAUUAUCAAGAAAAACAUGGAUCACAUUAAUGUUCAUAACAUCAUUCCGAAUAAUCAAUUUGGAUUUAAAUCUAAUUUAUCCACUACUCACGCUAUAUACAAACUAACUUCCGAUCUGAAUAACUAUUUACAUAAUGAAUACGCCAUUGGUGCUGUACUGUUGGACUUAGAAAAAAUGUUCGACUCUAUAUGGAAAAACGGACUUAUACAUAAGCUAGACGACUAUAAAUUUUCUGUGAGUUUAAUUCUACUAAUUGCUAACAUGAUUGAGGGGAAGACAUUUCGCACGUGGAAUGGCACUAAUUUCUCAUCGAAAUCCUUCAAAAUAUCAAAGAGGUUACAGCAAGGAACCGUCACCGAUCCUAUUCAACAUAUUCAACAAAGAUCAGUUAAACAAAUCAAAUACUCUGCAGUUACAAAAAUAGAUAAUUUAAAAUUAACAACUAUUGAUAUCCACACCAACGAAUUAACUGAGAUACCGAAGAAACGCAUCGUAAAAUAUUUGGGAGUUCAUAUAGAUCAUCUGUUAAAACUGAAUAAACACUACUCGGUUCAAUUAGAUAAAGCAAAAAAAGCUUUCAAGCUGAAUUCGAGAAUUUUUUACAGUAAAAAUCUUACUACUAAAGCCAAAAUAAUAUGCUAUGGACUACUGGUGAGAUCUAUUUUAACUUAUGCAGUUCCUAUAUUAUGGAAUACAGGUCCAACUAUAAUUGAAAAAAUAAGAAGAUUUGAAAGAUUUUGCUUGAGAUCAUGCCUAAGAAAGCACAGAACCGCUGAAUCAGAUUAUAAAAGGAGAAUAAAAAACGAGACUGUUUACAACAAUGCCAACAUCAAUAGAAUUGACUGUUUUUCUCUCAAAAUAACCAGAAAAUAUUUUAAUAACAUUGAUGGUACAAACAAUAGCUUAAUUACAAACCUUAUUUCACAAGAAGAAGACUCAAUUCUGAGUAAAUUAAAUUCAGGCUACUUUCCACCGGAACUAUUCAUUUAUUGUGACAAAAAUGGUCUAAUCCAAAACCACAAUAAUCUUCCACUAAAAUAUCACCGCCGAAGACACUCAGCAUGA